ACUUACCAGAGUAAGCUUAACUUCGAAAGCUGCGUCAUCAUUGAGAUGUUCGUUCAGAGAAUAGUGUGUAUGAAACAGCGACAUAAAUUUUUGGUAUUCUGCUGCAAGCUUCUAGAGUACAAGACAUGGUGUUUAUGUUGUCAACCUCUGCCAUGCCUGCCAAUGUCCAUGAGUGAAGAAAUUGGAUUUUAUCUGAAAUUUAUGCUUUACAUGGUGAAAACCUGCUUGUUAUAAGGAUAUCUCCGAUGUCGGACAUGAGUCAACGAUGGAACUUGCUGUUCAGUUGCCCGGUAAUGAUGCAAUUAUGCCAUCUGCCGAGGCUGACCAGCUGUCCUCCGUACACUUCCCUAAUGCUGUUGUGAGUGCUUGUGACGAGGCGGACAGUAACGAAGUCGUGGUCCUGUCCUCCUCCAACACUCUGUCGACUACCGACACAAAUGAGUUGCGCAAGAUCAUUGCGUCACCUGAACAUUCAAGUUCCAAUCAUUCUAGUGAAAAAGCGCCUUCCGAACUUCAGCCUGCAAAGGCUGUUCCAGCCGCUGCGCGUCCCGUUAGCCGAAAGAGAACCAAGAAAAGAACUCGCGCCCCAAAUAUUAUUUCUGUUUCUGUUAAAGCGUUCAAAGAUGCUGUUAAGCAAGACAUAAAAUCUCACAAAACGCACUCGUGGAAUAUUCCACGGAUAUCUUUGCGCGAAGAAACCGAUGAUAAUGAAGAUUUAGAUGUCGAUGUGAACUCGUAUAAUGAAGGCGACACAACCCAGAUUAUUGUGGAUCUUAUUAAACCACAUCUUACCAAAUCUAAGAAAUCUAAGUCCCCAUCCCGUGUGUGCAAUAACUUAACUAACCAAAGGCUGAGGUUAAAUCACGUUAAUCCAGAAUUUGAUUCUGUAGUAGCUAACCUUAACCAUGAAAUUGCACGAGCUAAGAAGGAAGUCGGUUCUGUGGAGACGUCAAAAAGCUGCAAGAACCCGCUCCCGUCAAGUGAUGUGUCGUCACUCAAGAAGAAGAGCUUUCUUUCUCUGGGCUCGGAUGGCGCGGCAGCCUCAGCGCGGACGGAGAUGCACGAGCUGCUGCUGCAGGAGAUCUACUACUACGAGCCGUACCCUUCCUCCAGCUUCAUCUCCCGCAUCUCCAAGGUCCUGCAGUAUUCAUGGAGGCGCGUACAGGAGUGGUUCGUGAAGUAUCGCUUGCAUCAGAAGAAGAUGGGAGUCACAGUUCGCUAUCAUCCACUCAACCAAUGCAGGCACUGUAUGCUCGAACUCUCCAGCAACGAGGAGGCGCAAAAGCAUCUCUACUCCCAGCAGCAUCUGUUGCAAGCCCUCAAGAACCAUGAGGCCUUCUACAAACAAGAAAGCAUAUUGAAUGGACAUGAAGUGACAGUACACAAAGAACAAGUAAAAGAUGCCAGCAAAGCCCCUGCUGCUCCCAGUCCUGAAAUUAUUCGCAAAUCGAAAUAUCUGCAGACGGUGCUCAGUCAAGAAGCUGUAUUGGGCGAUGUGCCAAGCCAUCCCAUCUCUUCAAAUCUGGCGUCUGCGGGAGAUGAGAUGUGCAUAUUUGUUGAUGAGCGCACAAGAUUGAACCAGAAUCCUGAGGAGUUGAACGAUGAAAGCACGUUGGAAGCGAGCACGGAUGUAGAUAUUGAAACUUGGGAAGAAGAUCCGCUUUGUGUUGACAUGCUUGCCAGCGAAGGAAAUUCUUCGUGUGAUGGAAUUUCUGCAAAUUUGGAAGCAAAAACUGAUAUGCAUGUUCACGAAGGAAAGUCUGCCUGCAAGGAACCCGACGCAGCUGCUGAAGCUAUAAGCGAAAAUUUUAACAAUGAUGAAACGCAAAAAAAUGGACUUGAUGGUCCGCUUCCUGGAAAUCAAGACUUGUCAGACGAAGUUGACGUUAACAGUUUGCGUUGUGACGAAGUCUUGGAAUUGCAUUGGAAGUCGCCUAGGAAUUCAGAGUACAACGACUCCAGUUUUGAAUUGCCCCGGAUUGUUGAAGUCAGGUCGAUUGCGGAGACAGAUCGGAGCAACACAACAAUAACUGAGUUUGGAACAGAAAAUGAAAUGGGUGGAGAAAUGGACCACUAUGUUCCUAAAUUUGAGGGAAAUGUCAGUUUUUCUGGUCAUGAAGACGCUCUUAGUGACAAAAACCACUUGCUCGAUACAAGUUCUUCAGCCAAUUCUUCCGGCGAUAGUUUUGAUAGUGACGGCGAGGUUGACAGUCGUGUUUCUUUGCAACGUAAACGGAAAGAAUGGGAUGCGAGUGAAGAAACAAUUUCAGCCGAUGAAUGCACGGAGGAUUGCCAAAAACGGAAUAAUGAGGACUCAGGAAGUGAGGUAACGCCGUGGCCAAUCUGUUCAGAUCAGAAAGUAGCCGGCAUGCCGAAUUAUGUUGCAAGUAAGCCUGAAAGUGUAAAAGCCGUUAUGAGAAUAUCUGCAUCGGGUGACGCGAUGAACUUCGAUGACAGCAGCUCUGAAGUCGCCAAAGAAGAGAAGACGUUUGUUGCCAAUAUGGUGGCUGAGGCAGACCCCAAAAAAGUUAUCCUCGGAUAUGAGUGCCCAAUUUGUGUGAAGGUAUUUCCCAGUGACUGGCGACUAUUGCGACACUCGCUCAGUCAUCAAACUUUCAAAUGUGGUUUGUGUCCAGAACGUUUUCCCAACGAGAUCGUGCUGCGCGACCACUUGAUGAGUCACGUGUUGAAUUCUCUCAGUCAAGAUGAACUGCAUGCUAUGAAGUGCAGUGUUUGUGGUCAGUCAAGCUGCGUUUGCGUACAGCUUAACACACCUCCAAUUAAACUAGAAAAUCUUCAAACCAACAACCGGCGUAUGCAGAUGGCUAAGCGAUCCAAGAAGUUUUUCAUGUCCAAAAAAAUUAUUGGGCCCUUUGAAGGCUAUAGAUUGACACUGCAUCAGUUCAUAGAGAUGAACCGUGCUAAAACAGAAGACAAUUUCAAAGGGAAAAAGAGGCUGCUCUCAUCUGACCAUAAACUUACUGAACGAUCAAACCUGCAUCCCUCGAAACGCAUGAAGAAAUUAGCUGCUGGGCAGAUUGCCAAUGAUAUUCUUAAAAACGAUUCCGAUGUGCCUUAUUAUGGAGAAGACAUUUUAUUGUUACAUAAUCGUGCAUGCCAAUUGUGUGGAGAAGUAUUUGACCGCAAGUCUCAAUUGGAUGAACAUCUUUUCCUACACCGUUUGAAGGGCAGAGAUCGCCGCGGUAUGAAAAGACCGUUUGAGGCAGAAUCUAAUAGCUUGGUUCCAAAGUUAGCUCGCUUAAGUGCCAGUGAAGAUUUGACCGAAGUUACGAACUUGUCUAGCAGUACAGAGAAAAAUACAGGGAAUGCAACCACCGCUCAUCUUCAUUCAAGUAUCAUAGGCACUCAUUCAGAAGAAAUUCCUCCUGUUGCUCCGAUGACAUCAAAACUGUCUCCUAGGUACCAAGUGCGAUGUUUCUUCUGUCAAAAAAUUAUGAAACGUGAAAGAGAGCUGCGAGUUCAUAUGAAAUUCAGAUGCUCUAAAGCACCGCGAUCAUAUUUAAAGAAACUUUUAGGCGCCGGGAAGACGCUGAUGUGUCUCGCUGCAGAAGGCCAUGGCAAGCUCUAUGAUAUUGUAGACAUGCUAACGAUGCAGGUACUCGAUGACUGCAGCUUCUCGUCGGGUGCCGCCACUGAGCCCAAGUACACAAGUAAGGCGCUUGGGAAGUUGAUACCGAAAUGCAAGUUCUGCGGCUUGAAGUUUGAACGCGUCCGUGAAGUGAGAAGGCAUUUGCAGAACAUGUGUCAUAGAGUAACAAAACAAACUAAGAAACGAAUUGAGGAGGGAGCCACUCUAGAGGACGUGGAUGCUGUUGAGCUUUUAAAUGAAAAUCUUCAGAGGAGAAUGAACGAGCAUUCAAGUUUAUGUGAUGAAAAGAGCCAAAAAAGAGAUAAAUCUUGUGGUAAUUCCCUCAGUUCAGUUAUAGAAUCGGUGAUUCAUAACUCUCAAAAUCAAAGGGCAUUUAGUAAAUAUCCUGCCGGGGAGAAGCUUAGUCCUUAUGCUGAAGAAGAAGACCAUUCGUCUGUUCUUGGUGUCUCUCCAGAUUUACGUGGUAGCUCCAAACCUACUGGUAGCCUAAAUUCUUCAUAUGGAGAUGAAGUUGAAUCUGAAUUUGACGGCUUCACAGAUUUGCCUACUAGCGGAAAGAUUAAUUCGUUGAAAGCUGAACUGCAACUAAUGCGUCUGGAGAAGCUUCGUCGGGCUUAUCUAGCCCGCCUGAGUAGGCAGAGAAGGAAGAUCCAGUCUGCCAGUUCUGGGACCAUCUCUGCCAAGAAUGACAUAACCAGUGUCCGUGCAUCGAACUUGGUGGGAAAUAUUCAAUCUUCUAGCCACGAAAAUGCAGGAAAUUGGAAAUCUUCGUUCACAGAAAUCAAAUUCAACGAUCAUUUUGAAGUGAUUGAUUUAGAAGAAGAAUGUUCUGAUCAAAAGCCCUGCGAAGAAGCUUCAGUAUGUAUGACUGAUUUGACUUUGAUAUCCCACGAAAACCCCGACACCGGCAUUAGCCUGCCAGGUACCCUUCAUGAAGGUGAUACUUGUUCAGAUCCAAUCAAUAGAAAUUCUAUGUUAGAUUCGCCUACUCAGCUCAGAGCUCAGUGUUCACCAGCAAAUAAUUGUGAGCAAGAACCCGAAAUUAUUUCGGAAAAGGACGGCGAUUGGACCAAGAAGUGUGAAGUUGAGUCUUUGAGCGAUACUUCAAUGAAAAGUUCCAACUCUCUACCUAUCAAAUCUACAAACACAGUCCCGAGUGUUCCUACUUGUAAUGAUAAUGAUAAGACAAGGCCAUCUUCCAUUGAGAAGGAGGAAGAUUUAAUAACUCGUCCUCCCAUAAAAGAUAGAUCGCCAUGUCGUACCGAGAGUGUGACACCAGCCUCGGCAGCAGUGAAGGAUGACCCGAAGGCUAUAUGCGGGUCAGAAUCAUCAGCUGAUCAUAUCCAUAAUGACAUUACAGACUCCGCUGUUGUAACAAAUUGCACUACCGCCGUAGAUUUAAAUCUCGACAAUACUGUUACGGAUUCUGCUGUUACUACAAACAUCAGUAAAAUUGCUGCUGUAGGUUCAAAUGAAAAUAGUUCCAUUAUAGACUCCGGCGCUGCUGCGAAUUACAGUAACUGUGACACUGCUGUAUCAAACGUCAAAAAUCUCGUUACACAUUCAGCUGUUGCUACAAAUUGCACUGACGUUGCUGCAGUAGAUGCAAAUGGCAAUGGGAGAAUUUCGGGCUCUGAUGUUGCUUAUUGUUCAGAUCUUAACGCCACAGUUGCUGUGUCAAUUGACAUGAAAUUGGUCAAGGAGGAGAGCGUCUUCCAAGAGAGUGAUGAAAAGGACGCCUCAGAGGAGCAAGUUGAAUGCGUUUACUCCGGGAUUGUAGUUGAUGAUCUUCGAGCGGAGGAAUUCUUGGGACUUGAGUGCGAGAUGGAACUUAUGGAGACCUCCUGCACGGAAGAAGUUCUUGACGUGAGCGACGACGAGAUUUUGCUUGACUGCAGUGAAGACUGA